AUGUUUGACCCCAGCGUUUUGGAUGUCCCAGCAGUAAUCUUUGACAACGGGUCUGGGUUAUGCAAGGCAGGUAUCGCAGGUGACAGUGGCCCAAGGUCUGUUAUCACGGCAAUUGUUGGUCGCUCAAAAGCCAAAUCUACAAUGCUUGGAGCUGGGAUGAAAGAAUACUACGUUGGAGAAGAAGCUCAGUCCAAAAGGGGGAUCCUGUCUUUGAAUUAUCCAAUUGACCAUGGCAUAGUUACCUCCUGGGAUGACAUGGAAAGGAUCUGGAGACACGUCUAUGAGUACGAGCUGAGAAUCAAAGCCACUGAAAGGCCAGUGCUGUUGACAGAAGCUCCCCUGAAUCCUCUUCAGAACCGGGAGAAAAUGACGGAGAUCAUGUUUGAAGGCUUCAUGGUGCCCGCUAUGUACGUGGCAGUCCAGGCAGCUCUGGCACUCUACGCCUCAGCCCGCACCACCGGGAUCGUCAUGGACAGCGGGGACGGUGUCACCCACACGGUCCCCAUUUACGAAGGGUACUGUCUGCCCCAUGCUGUCUCCAGGCUGGAUAUUGCUGGCCGGGACAUCACCGAAUAUUUCAUGAGGCUUCUUCUGGAGAGCGGGCACUCUUUUGUUAGCACAGCUGAAAGGGAAAUCGUGAGAGAUAUCAAAGAGAAGCUGUGCUACGUAGCUUUAGACCCCAUCCAUGAAACGAAAGCAAAGCCCGAAGAAAUCAUGAAAGAAUACAGGUUACCUGACAGCAAUGUCAUUCAGAUAGGCAGCCAGCUCUUCCGUGCUCCAGAGGUCCUCUUUGUGCCUGCAAACAUCGGCAUUGAAGCACCCGGCGUGCACAAAAUGAUCUUCAACAGCAUCAUGAAGUGUGACAUUGACGUGCGCAGGAAUCUCUACGCCAACGUCCUGCUCUCGGGUGGCUCCACGCUCUUCCCCGGCCUGGAGGAGCGGAUCCUGAGGGAGAUGCACCUCCAAGUGCCGGCAGGCAUGUUUGUGAGGAUCGUUGCUCCCCCCGAGAGAAAAUACAGUGUGUGGAUUGGGGCCUCCGUCCUCACCUGCCUGACAUCUUUCAAGCAAAUGUGGGUCACCGUGAGCGACUACAAGGACUUUGGGGCAGCCGUCGUCCAUCGGAAAUCAAGAACACCCAGCCUCCCUUCCAAGCACCGGCCCCGCAUCGAAUUGCUUGGCGGAGGAGCAGGGCUGGGGCAUUGUGAGCUGUGCCCGUUUGUGAUGCGGGGUCCGGAACAUUUCGUGGUGCUGCCAGAAGAUCGCUGCCCCCCGACAUCACCCGUCCUGCACACGAUGUCGCACGCGGCGGUGGCGGGGACCCCCGCGGUGAUCUUUGACAAUGGCUCUGGGCAGUGCAAGGCCGGGCUGUCGGGGGAGCUGGCACCCCGCUCGGUUAUCUCUACUGUUGUGGGGUACCCUAAGUUCAGGUUCGUCAUGUUUGGGGCCGGUCACAGGGAGUGGUACGUCGGAGAAGAAGCCCAGUCCAAACGGGGCAUUUUGUCUUUGAAUUACCCGAUGGAAAAUGGGCUAGUUACAUCCUGGGACAACAUGGAGAAGAUCUGGAGAUACCUGUACGAGCAAGAACUCAGGCUGAAGCCCAGUGAGAGGCCAGCGCUGCUGACCGAGACCCCUCUCAAUCCUUUGUCCCACCGGGAAAAAAUGGCUGAGCUGAUGUUCGAAAGCUUCCGCGUGCCUGCCCUCUUUGUGACGCUGCAGGCACUCACAGUCCUGUACGCCAGUGCCCGCACAACCGGGCUGGUGCUGGACAGUGGGGACGGUGUCACCAUCGCAGUCCCUGUCUACAAAGGCAAGUACCUGCUGCAGGGCAUAACCAGGGUGAAUUUUGCCGGCAGAGAUGUAACCAAGUACCUUGCCAGGCUCCUCCUGGAGACCGGGCACUCCUUCAUGAGCGCAACAGAGAGAGAGAUCGUCAGGGAUAUGAAGGAGAAGCUGUGCUACGUUGCUCUAGAUCCUAAAAAAAAAAUGCAGGAAAAGCCUGAAAAUCUUACGUGCGAGUACAUUCUCCCUGACGGAAGGUCUGUCAAGGUGGGAGACCAGCUCUUCCGAGCUCCUGAAGCACUUUUUGUGCCCAGAGAGGUGGAAGUCCAAGGGCCAGGGGUUGUGGGGAUGGUCCUCCGGAGCCUCGCCAGAUGUAGCAGCCGUAUCCAGCUGGACAUCCUAAGGAACGUGGUGCUCUCGGGCGGAUCGACUCUGUUCCGAGGCUUCAAGGAGAGGCUUCUGAAGGAUCUUCAGGCGGCAAUCCCCAGCACAACCCCCGUCAAGAUCUUCUCGCCGAAAGAUCGGAUGUACUCCGUGUGGACUGGCGCGUCGCUGCUCGCCACCCUGACAGCGUUUAGGAAUAUGUGGAUUACCAGGGAGGACUAUUACGAAGUCGGGCCAACAGUACUCCAGAGAAAAUGCUUUUGA